GAUUCAAGAGGAGUCAAUUAUUAAUAGAUUUGCUUGACAAACCUAACAUUCUUUGGGAGUGUUGAUUUUUAUGUGUUUAAAGACUGAGUGAAGAUUUGGUUUUACUUUGAAGAGUGUUUCCGGAAGUGCUUUAUCCUCGUGUCCGGCUUGACUUCGCUCCGACUGCAGCGCCUCAUUCUCACUCCGGAGAUUUUCCAGCGAAGCGCUCAGAGCAGCUGCGCAGGAUCCAGUCUGUCAUUAGAUCAAACUCUGACGACGUUUUCUCCUCGUUUUACUCUUUUUUCUUUCUUUAUUUCUUUUUCUUCUUCUUUUUAAUCCCACCGCUGUCUAAAGUCGGAGCCGGUUUGUUUUUUUGUCACCAGUUUUUUUUUUUUCCGCUUCUCGCCUCCCGGUUGGAUUUACAAAGGGCGUGUUUCUGAACCGGGACUCUGAGCGGCUCUGAGGAAUGACAGCAACUGGAACCGGAUCCGCCUGAAUGGAAACAAUGGAUUAUAAGGAGCUGGACCAUCAUCUGGAGGAGAAGCUGAAGAUAACAGACAAGACUCUGCACCUGCAGACGGACUCCCAGACCAUCCAGAGUGGAGACAAGUCUCUGGGGAAGGACCUCCUGACUCCCGAUGACUCUGCCGUCUCAGAUCUUUCUCCUAAAACAGACUCCAAAUCACAGACGCCCACCAGGACGGAUGCCUCAUCCAAGACGGACGUCAGGCCUUCCACCCCCGGCAGCAGCAGCAGCCCUCAGCCCAAGAAAGAUUCAAUGAGCUCAGAACAACGACAGAAACUGGCCAAGGAGCGGCGGGAGGAGAGAGCCAGAUACAUCGCAGCGAAGAAGGCCCAGUGGCUGGAGAAGGAGGAGAAGGCCCGACGGCUGAGGGAGAGCCAGCUGGAGGAGCGACGGAGGAAGCUGGAGGAGCAGAGGCUGAAGGCCGAGAAGCGCCGAGUGCUGCUGGAGGAGAAGCAGAGGCAGAAACUGGAGAAGAACAAGGAGCGAUACGAGGCAGCUAUCAAGAGGUCGACCAAGAAGACGUGGGCCGAGAUCCGCCAGCAGCGGUGGUCCUGGGCCGGCGGACUCAACCAGACCUCCCGCAGAGAAAGCAGAUGCUCGGCCUCCACGGUCAACUUGCCGAGACAGGUGGACCCUGUCAUUAACAACAGGCUGUCCAAGUCCUCGGCCACGCUCUGGAACUCGCCCAACAGAACCCGCAGCCUGCGUCUCAGCCCCUGGGAGAGUCGGAUCGUGGAGCGGCUCAUGACGCCGACGCUGUCCUUCCUGGCCCGAAGUCGCAGCGCCGCCACCCUCCUCAACAACAGCGACUCUCCCUCCGCCAGCCCUCUGAACGCCUGCUCGCACCACCACCCGCAUCAGAACGCCGCCGAGCGCUGGAGGGUUUCCUCCGCCAGCACGCCGGACAUCACCCAGCGGCAGCGCCGACGAAACUCCACACCGGUGGAUAAAAAGAAGAAGGAGAAGAAGGACAAGGAGAGGGAGAACGAAAAAGAGAAGAACGCUCUCACGAAAGAGAAAGUGCAGAAGAAAAGACAGACGGCGUCACCGACAGCCACCAUCCAGAGAUCCAGGCCGGAAACCAGCACCCCGAAGCCCAAGAACAGACCUCCGUCGCCGGCCGCCCCUAAAAGCCGGCCCCUGUCCCCGCUGGUGCCGGCCGCUUCCAAGGCGCCGGCCGGCAAGAAGACGCCGCCUCCAUCUGGCACCAAGACGCGACCCAAACGGGCCCAGACGCCCGCGAGGGUGCAGCCGCAGACGGUCGCCGCGGUCGCCGUGGAAACGGGCCCCGAACCCCAGCAGCCCGACGAGGAGAGAAAGAGUGAGUGUGGUUACCGUGGUGACGAUGCCCGGCGGCUUCAAGGUGACCUGGAGGAUUUGGCCGACUUUCAAGUGCAGCGUGAAUUCAGUGUGAACAUGUGUCGGGUGUCUGCUCCACCUGAGGCCUCUGAUGCUCUCUACGGUGUUAACGCUGAAACCUCCUGCAGGGCUCUGAGGGAGGAGGCGAUGGCUCGGGAGGCCGAGGAGAGGAAGCGCCGCGAGGAGGAGGCUCGCUUCAUGGCCGAGCAGCAGCGACUCCGAGACGACGCCCAGCGAGCUCAGGAGGAGAAGGAGGCGCAGCAGAGAGCGAAGGCCGAGCAGGAGGAGGCCGACAGGCUGCAGAGACAGAGGGAGGAGGCUGAAGCCAAAGCCCGAGAGGAGGCCGAGCGUCAGCGCAUCGAGAGGGAGAAACACUUCCAGAAGGAGGAGCAGGAGCGCCUGGAGAGGAAGAAGCGUCUGGAGGAGAUCAUGAAACGGACUCGCAAGAGCGACGCCGGAGAGAAGAAGGACGUCAAAGCUUCUCCUCAGGUCAACGGCAAGGACACAGAGCUCAGCAAAGCUCCUGGAAACCCUCAGGGUCCCCCUGCAGGCGUCUCCGGCCUCGUCGUGAACGGGGUCCAGCCCAGCUCGCACCAGAACGGCGUCUCAGCCAACGGGGAGUCGGCGGACUUCGAGGAGAUCAUCCAGCUGAACAGCGGCGGCGGAAACGCCGGUCCGCAGCAGAGCGGGAUGGUGGGAGAACCCAUCCUGGCCUUCGAGGGAGGAGAACCCUUCCUGAUGAAGACGGGCCCUAUGAAGCCUCAGCAUGUGGCAGGUACACGAGCUGCUCUGAUGGGGGGCCUUCAGUCUGAGGUGGAGCCACUCAGGUGGUCGGUAGAAAAGAGGAGCUGAGACACAGAGCAGGAAGUUCAGUCUGAUUCUUUUACUUUUAUUACUUUUCAACACUGAAUUAUGGCUCCGUUAGAACUCACUAAUGAAACUCUUACAUCUCAGAUUGAAUACAGAUCCCUAUACAACAACGCCAGUUAUAGAAAUAAACACUUCUCUGCUCUCACCUUGUCAGAAACAAGCAGCCUAA